UCGCGCCCCCUCACUGAGAUACCCCACCAAUACUGCCUCACUAUGAAUCCUGCGUCCUCAUCAGUGAGGGCCUUCAGACCUCUUCUGGCGCAUGCAGCGUCGUCCGCUCGGUCGUCGACAACGCCUCGCAUUGCCACCUUUGCAACGUCGUCGUACCUUCGGAGACCGCCACAGCCGACGGCCCCCGUCAGGGAAGCAGCGGAACCGGCCGUGGUAAAGUCGCCAUCUCAGCCACCUAACCCUGCAUCGUGGCCUGGCAGGCAAAAGGAGUCUUCUCCUACUAGUCAAAGCGCCUGGCAUGGCCAGCAAAGUGGACCAACCCCCGCUGCCCCCCAAGUCGAGUCGAUUCCUCACGCUGAGAGCAGCAAAGCAGCCCAAGAGCGGGCAGCCAAGCUAUCCACUGAAGGUCGGACUCAGCAGCAGCAGCAGCCAUCCAAGACACAGAGCGUUUCGGCUGGUCAGAGCGCAUCUACCUCUGCAUCGGAAGGAUCUUGUGCUACCCUGUCGCCCUCUUCACCUGCGGGACCAAGAAGCCAGACAGCUGUUGCACAGGGCAAGGCAAAGGAGUCAAGCACACCCAAAGCUGCUCCACCCGAGGAAGCGCCUGCAAAGGGAGCUGCUGCUACCUCGCCAUCACCUCCUAGUACAUCGGCCGCCAAGCCUGCCACGAGCGGAAAGGCAUUCAGAGCGAAGAAAGCAGCACUGAGUCUGGUGAGUGGCGAAGCGGAGCGCAGAAGUGUCUAUAAACCGAGUCGCUGACACUUGAUCCCUGGUGACUAAUUGUGUCAGACCCCUACGGCUGUAGAGCGACUCAAUGAGCUUCUCGAGUCUGACUCAGGCCCACGACUGAUCCGGAUUGGCGUUCGCAACAAGGGCUGUGCUGGUAUGAGCUACCACCUCGAGUAUGUCACGCCAGAUCAAGCCGGCAAGUUCGACGAGCGCGUAAAGCAGGACGGCGUGGAGGUCUUGAUUGAUAGCAAGGCUCUGUUCAGCAUCAUUGGAUCAGAGAUGGACUGGCAGGAGGACAAGUUGAGCGCCAAGUUCGUAUUCAACAACCCCAAUGUCAAGGAGAGUUGUGGCUGUGGUGAGUACAUGAUAGGUGUGGCGAGUAAUAUCCCUCUGCUCCAAGUUCAGCCAAGCUGA